AUGGGGAUUUGCUUGAGCCAACAAGUCAAGGCUGAGUUUCCAUUUUCCUCUGGUACAGUUCUAUUCGUAUCGCUUAGCUGUUGGACUGUGUGUAGAAGUAAACUCACGAAAUGUGUGAGUGAGGAUGGGACUCAGACGAGCAAUUUGAGCAGCAAGGCCUCUUCAUUUUCCAUGUGUCAGACCCCUCGAAGUGAGGGUGAGAUCUUGGAGUCCUCCAACUUGAAGAGCUUCACCUUUGGUGAACUCAAAGCAGCUACCAGAAACUUCAGGCCUGACAGUGUUUUGGGCGAAGGUGGCUUUGGCUCUGUUUUCAAGGGGUGGAUUGAUGAGCAAUCCCAAGCAGCAUCAAAGCCUGGGACUGGGAUAGUUGUAGCUGUGAAGAGGCUAAACCAAGAUGGUUGGCAGGGGCACAAGGAGUGGCUGGCCGAGAUUAAUUAUCUUGGGCAGCUGCGUCACCCUAACCUUGUGAAGUUGAUCGGGUACUGCUUGGAGGAUGACCACCGACUUUUGGUCUACGAGUUCAUGCCCAAGGGUAGCAUGGAAAAUCAUCUAUUCAGAAAAGGAUCUUACUUCCAGCCGCUCUCUUGGAGCCUUCGUAUGAAAAUUACUCUUGGCGCUGCCAGGGGACUUGCCUUUCUUCACAGUGCUGAAACAAAAGUUAUUUAUAGGGACUUCAAGACUUCUAAUAUCCUCCUUGACUCAAACUACAAUGCCAAACUUUCUGAUUUUGGGUUGGCCAGGGAUGGGCCAACUGGUGAUAAGAGCCACGUCUCUACUAGGGUUAUGGGGACCUAUGGUUAUGCUGCCCCUGAGUACCUGUCAACAGGUCAUUUAACUGCAAAGAGCGAUGUCUACAGCUUUGGAGUUGUUCUUCUGGAGAUGUUGUCUGGGAAAAAAGCAAUAGACAAGAAUCGGCCAACUGGGGAACAAAAUCUAGUGGAGUGGGCAAAACCUUACCUUACCAACAAACGCCGAAUUUUCCGCAUUCUGGAUGCCCGUCUUGAAGGCCAGUAUUCCAUGGGUCGAGCACUAAGGGUGGCUAAUCUUGCCAUUCACUGCUUGUCCGUGGACCCCAAGGUGAGGCCAAGCAUGGACGAGGUUGUAACAACUCUAGAGCAGCUCCAGGACUUGAAAGGCACAUCAAACCAUGACCAGAAGGACAGCCAGUUAAAUCUGGAUGGCAAUUCAGGUGGUGGGCCUAGGCAUUGCAGAAGAAGUGCUGAAGAAGCUCCUGGAAUGACGGCUUACCCUAGACCUUCAGCUUCACCACUUUAUGCUUGAAGGAAGGAGGAAAGACAAUUCCAUUGCGAGAGCAUUGAUCAAUUUUUUGCUAUAUUCCCAAGUGAUGUACAGUUUUUGCUUUUUGGUAGUACGGUGGUCAUGGCGAGGCUUAAAAAGCUGCUGCUCUUCCUUCCUUGUAAUGCGAGGGUUUUGCAUGCUUUUGGUAAAUGGAUGUUUGCAUCAGAUGUUGCGAGGAAAGAUUAGGAACUUGUUGCUCUUUGGCUUGUAAUUUUGUAGUUUGUAGCGUUUGAACUCGUUGCAUGUGUGCCAUAAGCUCUCUCUGUUUGAAUGUGUAGCCCAUGACUGGAAACUGGCCAUGACCCUUUAUUUAUUAAUUUUGUCGCAUGGCCUUGGCAGCAGGUGCUUGAAUUUUUGGA